AUGAGAUCGCGCGAUCCUUACUUACCAGAUUAUCCAUAUCGAAGCUUGGGACGAAGAGGCGAUCCUAAGGAUCAAGCACGCAUUACACGAUUUAGUAUCGAAGUACGAGUUACAUCACGGAGUAUGUCUGGCUGGAUAAAGCAGUGGCAGGAUGUGAAGAGUACGUUAAUUAGGGCUGCGUCAGGGAAAGGUUGGAUUGCCGGGUUUGAGGCAACGGGGACGGAGGUAGAUGAUCGGGAGCGGAGGGAGCGAAAGACAUUUAAAACGACGAUGCAUCUUCACGAAAAUGCACACACGUAUAUCACUCAUGGCACACCGCGGUGCGAGGAUUUAUCUAGCUAUCUACACGCAACACACGCGGAAAGAGAUGUCCACAUCGCAACGCAAGAGCUGAGAAUCAACAUCAUCAAAAAUAGCCGAGGAAAGGCAAUCAAUCCACCACCACCACCACCACAAACCUAA